GGUGGGGUGGGAUCCCACCCUCCACCUCCGCCGCCACCUCCUCCUCCGUGGACCUCUGCAACAAAUACGGGUCCACGGUUAGAUACACCUCCUCAAAGUCUUACCUAUUCGCAUACCAAAUGACUUGGAAGGAAUUUUAUAUUUGACUUUGAAGCUGAAAAGGGUUUGUUGUUUGAGGUGAGGGUGGGUUGUGGUCUGGUUUCUGUUGGUUUUGAUGGGUGGGUAUGAUCUGGGGUUCGGUUGGUCUGCAUGUUGAGUGGUUUUGAUGGGUUUCAAGAAGUUUUGAUUCAUGUGAGUUGAGAUAAAACUUUGAUAAGCAUGGCCUGAUUUUUUAGUAAGUAGAUUAAGUUCUGUAUGAAGGCUAGUUUAAUCUGUAAUUCAGGGUUUGUGUAUUUCACUGGAUGUGGAAUUUGUUUGUUCAUUGUUUUUCUUUUAAUGGGUUAGAAGAAAUGGUGUAUAUGGAGCUUUGUAAACUGUGAUAUAAGGAUUUUGGAGGAAAAUCUUGAUUUCAAGCCUCCUUCUCAGCAAGAGGAAGUGAGAAAGAAGAAUUGGUUGAUUUGUGGUUAUCAGGUCUUCUAGGGGUUGAGAUGGGGGACGAGGCUAAUUCUUGGUUACGAAGAACAAAAUUUUCUCACACCGUCUAUUAUCGGUUGGAUGCAACAAGAUUGGCCUCUGUUCCUUUCACGAUUCAGCCAAACAGAAUUUCGGGUAUGAAAUUGAGACCUGGAACAGCUUUUGUUAAUGUAAAACCAGGCCCCACUAGUGUGCAGAUUCAGCAAAAUCCUACCACAAGCAAGCAGAGGGCUGUAUCACCUCUACCAGCAACCAAGCUUUCUGAUACAUUUAAGGAGGCUAGGUCAGAUCGGAAGAGAUUUUCAACUCCACAUCCUAGAAGAAAAGAACCAGAGAAGGGAAUUGGAGGCAAGUUGUUUCACAAAGAUUCAGAAGAAACCAAAGCAACUGACUCACAGUCACCCUUGAAUACGCACCCGCUUAGGCACUUCUCUUCGAUGAAAUUUACCGAUAAAUCAAGGAGCUGGAAGGAGUCUGCAUGGACAAAGUAUUUUGACCAUAAUGGGGGAAGGGUUACCUCGGUGGAAACAGAAGAUGAGUAUAGGGUCGAUUUGUCAAAGCUGUUUCUUGGCCUUAGAUUUGCUCAUGGAGCACAUAGUCAGCUUUACCAUGGGAUAUAUAAGGAUGAACCUGUUGCCGUGAAAAUUAUCAGGGUGCCGGAUGAUGACGAAAAUGAAGCCCUAGCAGCAAGGUUGGAGAAGCAAUUCAAUAGGGAAGUCACUCUCUUGUCUCGUCUCCACCAUCAAAAUGUCAUAAAGUUUGUAGCAGCGUGCAGGAAGCCACCAGUUUUUUGCAUCAUCACAGAAUAUCUCUCCGAGGGUUCUUUGAGGGCAUAUCUUCACAAGCUUGAGGACAAAUCUCUUCCCUUACAGAAGCUGAUCACAAUGGCUCUGGAUAUUGCUCGAGGAAUGGAAUACAUUCACUCACAAGGCAUUAUUCAUAGGGACCUCAAACCUGAGAAUAUACUGAUUAAUCAAGAUUUUCAACUGAAAAUUGCUGAUUUUGGAAUAGCUUGUGAGCAGGCAUAUUGUGAUGUUCUGGCAGAUGACCCAGGAACUUACCGUUGGAUGGCACCCGAGAUGAUCAAACGCAAGUCCUAUGGUCGGAAGGUUGAUGUAUAUGGCUUUGGACUCAUUUUAUGGGAAAUGAUGGCUGGAACUAUCCCUUAUGAGGAUAUGACACCCGUACAAGCUGCUUUUGCUGUAGUCAACAAGAACCUGAGACCAGCUGUCCCUGGGAACUGCCCUGCUGCCAUGAGAACUCUAAUUGAGCAAUGUUGGUCUUUGCAACUAGAGAAGAGGCCUGAGUUUUGGCAGGUGGUAAAGGUAUUAGAGCAGCUCAAGUCUUCGCUUGCCCACGAUGGAACCCUAAAUCUGGUACAAAACCAAACAUGUCAAGAUCAUAAGAAGGGGCUCGUUCAUUGGAUUCAAAAGCUUGGUCAAACGCGUCCAAAUAAACCUAAAUUCUCAUGACUUUUUCCAAUGAUUCUGCUUUUGCAGCAUCACCAGGUCACAAUGUAAUUAAAAACCUUCUCAACAAGCCUCUUUUAUUGUAUUUCUCUGUUCCUCUUUGAUGCAAAUGUGAAUGAUCUAGAUUGUAGACCUUCAUUGAGGCAGCAAUGAUUUUCUCUUGUAUACUUGUGCAAAACGCCUGAUUUGAGGAUGGCACAAAUAUUUUUGGGCCAAAAACAACUUGAUUUUGUUUAUUGUUUCGCGUUUAAUGUUGUGCUUGUCUAUGUUUUUGUUUUUUUUUUUUUGGUAU